AUUGUGUCAUCUCAUAAUUUAAUUUUUUUUUUGUUUUUUUUUUUGUUAUCGUUGUGGUGGUUUUCUCGUGACUAUUUAAAAGCAGAUCUCAGACAUUCUAAAUUCUCUGAAAACUCUGUGAAAUCAUUUUGAUUUUCUAGGACUAUACACAACGGCUGUGAUACAUAGAUAAGUGCUCCACUCUUAAUGUAAAGUUAUGAAGACCAGGGUCACACUGCUUCUUCUAUCCCUCGGCUUCUCGCUGAGCAAGAAGUGCAACAUAGCGUCCAACAUCUGCUCGACCACUUACGUGGACAGGCUGGACCUACAGCCCGUGGGCUGCAACGAAACCUCGAUGUGGACCUUCCUCUGCAGGUCCAAACUUUCCUGCGCAGCAACCUGUGCGGCGAACAAGACCUGCGCGGCUUUCCGCUUCUCUAACAAGAGUGGAACCUGUUCUAUAUGUCCAGGCAGUCUCAUUCAGUCUUUGAACUUCACAUCCGGUCAGGUCAUCUCUUGGACGAUUCAGAACACGGAGAAAAACUGGAACGUAUCCUAUCCGGCCUUGAAGUAUACAAAUCAAUCAAUGGCUGUUCCUCUAGAUGUUAAUCUUGGCACAGUGGUCCACCUUUAUGGAUAUCUGUAUGACCUAAGUGGGUUUUACUUAGACUUCAGACAGGACUACAUCGGCAACAACAUCACUUUCCACUUUCGAUCCAGGUAUGCCUGGAAUACGUACAAUCCUAUACUGGUAAUGAACAGCUGCGCUAAUAAUGUUUGGAAUACAGAGUCCAGGCCAGUCAUGACACCAUUUCCGUUUGCUGCGAACCAAACGACCCAUGUGCAUGUCCUAGUGAUGACCAGUGGCUAUCAGGUCUACAUUAACAGGACUUACUGUUGUUCUUAUAAUUAUAUCUUGCCCUACGCAAACACCAAGUAUGUGUGGAUUUUGGGAUACAUUAGCGUAUAUGAGAUCAGUGUUUAAGAGAAAACAAAAAAAAAAAAACUGCGUUCUUUGAUUUAUUAUAUUGAAUAUUGAUCUGUUUGUUUAAUUUGUUUUGUUAUUUUACUUCUUCCGGUUGAUAUGUUUUGUUUUUAAUGCAGGAAUCAGCAUCAUCUCUAAAUUGAUUUGUUUAAAUGUAGGACAUGUAUGAGUAGAUGCCUGGUCGUCAGUGAUCCGGCCUCGGAUUGUCUGCAAGAUAGUUCUGAGUCUCAAACCCAGCCCGCUGCCAUUCUCUGACAUUAAUCUUCGGACUAGAAGACAAGCCUUAUUAUUAUACAAACAAACUAAUGUCGCAUAAAUAUUUCCUUUCAAUUAAAGAAUUAAUUAUGCUUAAUUGAGCAAGUAUAGGUUCUUCCUGUAUUUUCCAUCACCAAUAUGUUGUAGAAUUCUUUCCUUUAUUUCUUCUUACACCCAAUGUAUUGUUGCCG